AUGACUCAAGGCUCAUGGGACUCAUCACUCAAGGCAGACCUUCUGCAGACCAGGUCUACAUCACCUUGUGUGAUAACCAAAACAAUAACAUACAUUCCCGACAUACCAGAAGAUAUCAAGAAACUCCGUUCUCUUCAGAUCGCGGACUUCAGUAGCAACCCGAUACCACGGCUGCCAGCUGGAUUCAGCCAGCUACGGUCGCUCACAGUUCUUGGUCUCAAUGAUAUGUCGCUCACCAGCCUACCAAGCGACUUUGGCAGCUUGGUGUCUCUCCAAUCACUGGAGCUGAGAGAGAAUUUGCUGAAGUCCCUGCCGGAGUCUUUGAAAAAUCUUAUUAAACUGGAAAGAUUGGACCUCGGCGAUAAUGAAAUCGAAAUACUUCCCGGCUUCAUUGGGGAGCUGCCUGCACUACAAGAGUUAUGGCUCGAUCACAACAAGCUACAGUAUUUACCCUCAGAAAUAGGAAAUUUGAAAGCUUUAAUAUGCCUCGAUGUUAGCGAGAAUAAACUCGAAAAGAUACCAGAAGAGAUCGGCGGAUUGUGUUCGUUAACGGAUCUGCAUUUAUCGCAGAACAUGCUAGAGACUAUACCAAACGGUAUUGGAAGUGUCGGGAAGUUAGCAAUAUUAAAACUGGACCAAAAUAGAUUACAUACAUUAAAUGAAAAUGUGGGAAGAUGUACAAACCUGCAAGAGCUUAUUCUAACGGAAAAUUUUCUGACGGAAAUGCCGAGAUCUAUAGGAAAUCUGAAUGAGCUGACGGUGCUCAAUGUUGAUAGGAACUCCUUGGGUGAAAUACCAGCUGAGAUAGGCAAUAUGACAUUGUUGGGUGUACUAAGUCUGCGAGAUAAUAAGCUAACAAAGCUGCCAAACGAGAUCGGAAACUGUAAAUCCCUCCAUGUUUUAGAUGUUAGCGGUAAUCGAUUACAAUAUCUUCCAUAUACCCUGGUCAAUUUAGAGUUAAAAGCAGUGUGGCUGUCUGAGAAUCAAGCGCAGCCAUUGCUAACCUUCCAAGCAGACAGAGACGAAACAACUGGCGAGAAUGUCCUCACAUGCUUCCUAUUACCUCAGCUGAGUUACACACAACAACCAGAGUUGGAACACACAUCAGAGGUCGGCAGUGGCACGUGGUUCAGGGAACACAGAUUUAAUUCACAGUCGCAGGAGCUUGAUAGGAUAAGAGAAUCAACGUUUUCACGUGACCGCGACUCCGACGACGAUUGGGAAGAAAAGGAAGCAUCGCGUACAAUAUCUGUGAAAUUCACCGAAGACGUUUCAGAAGCGAAAGAGGUUUCCAUUCAAGAAGACAGCGAGGAAGCGUCCGAUUCUUUCUUCGGCACACAGAUGCUAGGCCUAAGGCGGCCUUUAAAUGUAGUACGCAAGCUAGUCACGACACAACGAAGGAGCUCACUACAAAGGCUCUCCUCGAUAACAAACCUCGCUGAGACGCCAUUCGUCCGUCAAAAUACACCUCACCCAAGAGACCUUAAGGCGAAAGCAGUUAAACUGUUCACGAGGACGCCGGAGCAGCAGAAUGAAGCACCAACGACCAAUGGAAUUAUCUCACCAGAACCAGUUCAAGCCAAGGAAAUUAUCGAGCCGCCACCAGUACAGCCUGCGCAGGAGACACAAGACGAAGAUAGCGACACACAGACACAUGACAAGGAAUCAACCGACGGUGAAAAUUACGACAAUGACGAAUCUGAUGAACUAGAGCGGGCAGGCAGACGUGUAGCCUGGCGAGGGGUAACAGACCGGGGUCCCACCGGACCGGUGGGGGGUCGGUUGCAUCGGCGGGACACCCCCCACCACUUGAAGAACAAACGCAUCAGUCAAGUGGACGCUGGAAGAGCGAGGGAACUUAUUGCGCAGGUCUCCCAGCUUGCAUGUAGAUAG